GCAGCUCGGUCUAGGCCGCUCUGGGCCGCUCUCCUCGCUCACCCUCCGACUCGGCUACGGCUGGGAGCCGUAGCUCUGCCCGCGCCGAGUGCCGACCACCUGGGCCGCUGCGCCGGACCCAGCACCUCGGGUCCUCCGGGCCUGACCGAGGCCGCAAGCAGCGCCGCGGGGUGUGGGGCGGACCCAGGAGAUGAAAUGACAACGUCAACCCUCCAGAAAGCCAUUGAUCUGGUGACAAAAGCCACAGAGGAGGACAAAGCCAAGAACUACGAGGAGGCGCUCCGGCUCUACCAGCAUGCUGUGGAGUAUUUCCUCCAUGCCAUCAAAUAUGAAGCACACAACGACAAGGCGAAGGAGAGCAUUCGAGCCAAGUGCAUGCAGUACCUAGACCGGGCAGAGAAGCUGAAGGAUUAUUUACGAAACAAAGAGAAGCAUGGCAAGAAGCCAGUCAAAGAGAAUCAGAGCGAAGGCAAAGGCAGUGAUAGUGACAGUGAAGGGGAUAAUCCAGAGAAAAAGAAAUUACAAGAGCAACUGAUGGGUGCUGUUGUGAUGGAGAAGCCCAACAUACGGUGGAAUGAUGUGGCUGGGCUGGAGGGGGCCAAGGAGGCCCUCAAAGAAGCUGUCAUUUUGCCAAUUAAAUUCCCACACUUAUUCACAGGCAAGCGUACCCCUUGGCGAGGCAUACUGCUCUUUGGGCCCCCUGGCACAGGGAAAUCCUAUCUGGCCAAAGCGGUAGCAACAGAAGCCAACAACUCUACCUUCUUCUCUGUGUCCUCCUCAGAUCUGAUGUCUAAGUGGUUGGGGGAGAGUGAGAAGCUAGUCAAGAACUUGUUUGAGCUGGCCAGGCAGCACAAGCCCUCCAUCAUCUUCAUUGACGAGGUGGAUUCCCUCUGCGGGUCACGGAAUGAAAAUGAGAGUGAGGCCGCCCGAAGGAUCAAAACGGAGUUCUUGGUCCAGAUGCAGGGAGUGGGGAAUAACAAUGAUGGAACUCUUGUUCUUGGUGCCACAAACAUCCCCUGGGUGUUGGAUUCGGCCAUUAGAAGGAGGUUUGAAAAGAGAAUUUACAUCCCACUGCCUGAGGAAGCUGCCCGCGCCCAGAUGUUCCGGUUGCAUCUGGGAAGCACACCUCACAACCUCACGGAUGCCAACAUCCAUGAGCUGGCCCGGAAGACAGAAGGCUACUCGGGAGCAGACAUCAGCAUCAUUGUGCGGGACUCCCUCAUGCAGCCGGUCAGGAAAGUACAAUCGGCAACACACUUCAAGAAGGUCUGCGGCCCUUCCCGCACCAACCCUAGUGUUGUGAUUGAUGAUCUCCUGACCCCGUGCUCUCCAGGAGACCCGGGGGCCAUAGAGAUGACUUGGAUGGAUGUCCCUGGUGACAAACUCUUAGAGCCUGUGGUUUGCAUGUCGGACAUGCUCCGGUCUUUGGCCACCACCCGGCCCACAGUAAAUGCAGAAGACCUCCUGAAAGUAAAGAAAUUCUCAGAGGACUUUGGACAGGAGAGUUAAAAGCCUCUUCAUGUUAAUGAAGUUGGGAGGCUGACUGGAGUAAACCCAUGGGACUGCCUACAUCAUUGGCCAGGCAGGGCCUGAAGUCUUGGUUCCUAGUUCCCCUCUGCUGCCUGGCUCCAGCUUGGAGGAAGGGCUUCCACAGCCGCAGAGACACUCGGCCACCUAGGACACAGGGAUACUGGCUCUGUGCACUUCUCUCCUGGUCCU